CGUUACAAUAGUAAAGAAGACUUUGAGAGAAGAAAAGAAAGAAAAAAAAAACAAAAAUGCGGCGUUAUGGUUAGAGGCGCGGCGACGCGUGUCUCGCUUGCCUGCCGUCUCUGUAACUCAAAAGUGCUCAAAAGUGUUCGAUUUGUGUAACAGUGCGCACGUGUUUGUCCCGUGCACGCGGAACAGCUGAUUAUCCGAACUAGUUUCUGUGAAGGAAUACGAGAUUCUGGUAUAUUCAUGAUUGAAGUUCUGAAAUGUCUCUAAGAGGAUACAGCACGAAACUUUAAUUCUUCAUGUCAAAGAGAUUCACGACGUUCAUGAACAAAAACAAUUACAGCUACGAAAGUGUUUUUUUCGGGAGUGUGAGAUCGAGGACUAGCCGGUCCUUGAUGUACCCGAUAAGCUACAACCCCUGCGCCCUGACACUCUGCAUCUCAAAGAAGCCUUGUCGUUACUCAGCUAGAGAUCCAAGAUUAAGAUACGGGUCAAGAGAACUAAGCACCUCCACGUAGACGUCUCGUCUAGUUGGAUUUUAUAUCCAGUUUCGGUAGUUUCGACGUCCUUAGAGGACUCAAGUCUGCGUGCUCAUUAAGCACUGUUUGUGGUCGCUCCGUUGCCUCAUGGACACGGAACGUACAUAUGCAAAUGGAGUCGCCGGUAAUGAGAAGUAUCUCAAGUACGAGCAUAAAGUUCCGUCUGAAGAGGAGAAGACUACGUCUCCUUUAUUAGAGAAGGAAAAUAUAGAGUUUAUUGAUGGUGUAGAUUUGAAGAAAGAUGAGGGAACUCAAGAUUCAGAUAGAAAAGAUGACGAAAAUAACUUGACGGUUGGUUAUUAUAAAGACGGGAAAGAAGAUGAUGCGACAUCAACUAAUGAAGGUGUAAAGUUCUUUGGGCUAGGAGAUGCAGAUAGUAUAUGUUCUAGUGGACCACCGCCGGAGUCAACUCCGCAAAUACCAGAUGGCGGUUGGGGCUGGGUGGUUGUGGCUGCUUCAUUUCUAGUAGCGACAGUAGCAGACGGCCUGGCAUUUUCUUAUGGGCUGAUAAAUGACAAGUUCGUCCUUUACUUCGAGACCAGCGAAGCGAAAACUUCGCUUAUCGGAAGUUUGUUUAUAUCCGUUCCAUUGAUCGCUGGACCAAUUAUGAGUGCUUUAGUCGACAGAUACGGAUGCAAGAAUAUGACUAUAGUUGGCGGGGUUGCGUCUACAAUCGGAUUCGUUGCUGCAUCAUUUAGCAAUUCCGUUGAAGUCUUAUAUGUUACUUAUGGUAUAAUGGCUGGAUUAGGUAUGGGACUAUUGUAUGUUACAGCUGUCGUAUCAAUAGCGUUUUGGUUUGAAAAGCGCCGUAACUUAGCCGUCGGGCUCGGCUCGUGCGGAGUUGGCUUUGGAACAUUUAUUUACUCUCCCUUGACCACCUACUUACUUGAUGAAUACGGUUGGAGAGGUGCCUUACUACUACUCGCUGGCACGGUACUAAACGUGUGCGUGUGUGGUAUGCUCAUGAGGGACCCUGAAUGGCUGAUUCUCGAACAAAAAAAGCAAAGACAGUUGAGUAAGGCAAAGAGAGCUUCCAGUUCUAUGUCGAUCUCGGCUAGAUCUGCAAAGUCUGGUGGAGCGGAGUCCAUGUACCCUGGAGUCGAGGAAAUUAAGACAAUGAUAAAGAGUGGCGAGACACCGGAAUAUAUACUAACGGCAUUAGUAGCGUCGAUUGCCGAAGCGGAAAGCUUGGAGGCUGCUACAAAAGCUAAUGCGGAUCUUUCCAACCACAAAGUUAGCUCAGUGAUAAAUUUACCUACGUUUUUGAAGCAAAGCGAAAAGGUACCAGCAGAAGUAUUAGACCAGCUUAUAUCAAACAAGCGACUUUAUAACAUAGUAUUACAGAAUUAUCCAUCAUUACUUGCACUAAGGAGUAAUUCCGAACAGAAACUACCCACAGAACCGCCCCCGUCCAAAGCGAAACCAGUGAAAAUGUCCAUGAAGCUGAAACUCAGUAAGAAAGAGAAGAAAGACUUUGCAUCUAAGCUGGACGUUGUGAAGGAGAAGUUACUGCAACCGAUACCAGAAAACAAGGUCAUAAUACCGAAAGCUGAACGGCAGGCUUGGUUCUCGAGACAGAUCCAAACCGAUCAUCAUUAUUUCAGAGAGAUAAGGGUGCACAGGAAUUCGAUAAUGCAUCGCGGGGCAAUGAUGAACAUUGCCAAGUACAAACUCCGUGCGUCGUCUUGUCCAGAUAUUUAUAGAAAUUCUAUGUGGUCCGUUGAAGACCAGGAGGAAAAGACAUGGGGACGACGACUAAUAGACACGAUCAACAAAACAUUUGAUUUCAACAUGUUCACGGAGUUCCAUUUCCUAAUGAUGAACUUAUCCACGCUGGUGCUGUUCAUAUGGUUCAUAGUACCUUACUUCUACAUAUCCAGUUUCAUGCAGAUGCGGGGCUACUCCGAAGUAGACGGCUCUUGGUUACUGAGCACUUUUGGCAUUGCUACCAUAAUUGGAAUAGUGGGCCUCGGUUGGAUGGGCGAUCUGCCCUGGGUGAACGUGACCAAGACUUACGCGAUAUGCCUCGUAUUCUGCGGCAUAUCGAUAGUAAUGUUCCCGGUACUGAUACGAGUAUUGGAUCCGGCAUCGCCGGCCAGUUUCUACGUUCUAGCCAUCAACGCGGCGAUUUUUGGAUUGAUGUUUUCCAGUUCAUAUUCUUACACGCCCAGUAUAUUGGUGGAGCUGAUUGCGCUUGAAAGGUUUACUAUGGCGUAUGGCCUGGUGCUACUCAGUCAGGGCGUUGGCCAUCUGAUUGGUCCCCCUAUAGCUGGAGCUCUCAAAGAUUCGACCGGCCAAUGGGACGCGGCGUUCUACUUGGCUGGUAUAUGGGUGAUCGUUUCCGGUGUCCUUGUUGGCGUCAUACCUUACACCCAGAACUUCAGGAUGUGCGGCAACGCGCCCCUGGCCAAGGACGCGGCCGGCGAGCCUGACCCUGGAAUCAAAAUUAUUAUAGCACAUUAAAUUUUGAGGUUUCGAUUUAAGUCGUCAAGUGUUUGCUUUCAGAUUAAGUUUUAUUUUUUAUUUUUAUUGCUUAGAUGGUUGGACGAGCUCACAGCCCACCUGGUGUUAUAAGGUUACUGGAGCCCAUAGACAUCUACGACGUAGGUAAAUGCGCCACCCACCUUAAGAUAUAAGUUCUAAGUUCUCAGUAUAGUUACAUCAUUCUGCUUCACACUUUCGUGGUUAUCUACAUUGCAAAAUUUUUUUUGGAAGGAAGGAUUACUGGUGGCCUUGAGCCCUUUCCAGAUUCACCAAGGCAUGUAGGUGAACAAAGGCUCAGCCAGGAGGGACGAGGUUUUCUAAGAGCUUAAACCUUUAGGUUUCAAUUUAAGUCCUCAAGUGUUUUGCUUUCAGCUUAAAUCAUUCUGCUUUACACUUUCGUGGUUAUCUACAUUGCAUACUUUUUUUUGAUAGGAAGGAUUACUAGUGGCCUUGAGCCCUUUCCAGAUUCACCAAGACAUGUAGGUGAGCAAAGGCUCAGCCCAGGGAUGGCAUUUUCUAACAGCUGCCCGAGCGUCCCCAGAAGAAACCUAACAACUCAAGGGCAGCUGAUUCUCGAAUGCAUAUUAAUUGAGGGCCUUUACCGCGACUGUCGCAUUUAAUGUGUUCCCGGUAUUUCAGCGUAUUGCAAGCGUCAUGACGAUGGUUAGACUGAAGACUGUGGGUAGGAUGUUGGGAACAAAUAAAUCUAUCUACCCUCUUUCUGGUCUAUUUUUGGAUGCUACCACUGGAACUCGUUGAUUAGUACCGACAGUAGCGGGUACACUUUCUGUAGGAUUAUAUGUGAAAAUUGUUGUAAGACCCCGAUUAUCUCUAGUGGGUUACAUUAAUCGACAUUCAAAGGCGACAUUAUUUCGAGGUGAGCGUUCGCAUAGCCAUCGAAAUUCGACCAUUAAUUAGCACUGAUGACUGAUUCAGACUUACUUUACUACUUACUAUUUUGAAAUUUGUGAAGGUGAGAGGAAAUGCGUUUUUUUUUGGUAAUAAUAAUAAAGCUAAUAAAACAAAAAGAAAAUCUAUUAACCAAUAGAAGACAAAAAUGGACGUAACUGGUUUGUGCAGUUAUAAACAA